AUAAUGAAGAUAUUAUACAAAGUAUACAAGAUUUAAGUUUUGAAGAAAUUGCUGCAAUAAAUGAAGAAGAUUUGAAUAAAAAUUUGGAAUUAUCUCAACAACUUAAAUUAGUUAUUAAAGCUGAAUCAGAUGUUUGGAAACAUGUAAAUAAAGAAACUCGUAAAUGUUCUUAUUGUUCUAAAAUUUUUGCACCAACAACAGCAACUGGUUCUAUUCGUUCUCAUUUACAAUCACAACAUAAAACAUUAUUAAACAAAGAACAAUUAAAUUUUGUAAUUAAAAAAUAUUCAUCAGAAAUUCAAAUGGAAAAAACCCAGGCUAUUUUUGAAUGGAUUAUUUUAGCUCUUAAACCAUUUAAUGUAGUAGAAAAUAAGGCUUUUCAAAAUAUGAUACAAAAGCUAGAUCCAUUUUAUCAAAUUCCUAAACAAAUUUUAUUAAUUAAACAUCCAAAUCUAAAAACUUAUAUGCCAAGCAAAGAAGAAUGGAAAAUUUAUGAAGAUUUAGUUCAUUUAUUAGAACAAUUUAAUCAAGCAACUAUUGAACUUUCAUCACAAACUUAUCCAACAAUUGCACAUGCACAAAUAAUUUUAUUGGCUCUUAGAAAUGAAUUAGAACAAGAUAAGGGUGAAAAUUUUCAAUUACAAUAUGUUAUUGAUGCUAUGUUAUCUAAAUUUAUUGAAUAUUUUAAUUUAAUAACUGAAUCUUUACAUAUUUCUGCUUUUUUGGAUCCUAGAUAUAAAAAUUAUUGUUUUUCUAAUAUGAGUAUUGAAGAAAUUUUAACACCAAUUAGAAAAAAAAUAGAUUUACAAUUACCUUUAACAGUAACUAAACCUAAAAAAUUAUCAAGUUUUUACCAAAAAUUAAAACAUACAUCACAACAAACACAAACAUUAGAUGAUGAA